ACUCUUAAGCCAGAAGGAUCUGGCUUAAAAAACAGCUACCUAUGCAGAAUCUCAAACUUUACUAAAUUUACAAUAAAGCCCCAUUUACAAAGAAAAAUUCAAUAAAAUUUGAGUCUCACAUAGGCAAACUGUACCUAGGAACUAAGGGAUACACAAACAAAUCUAACAGAAGUCAAUCCAAAGUCGCCGGAAGGAAACACUGCCGUCGCCAGAAAACAGCGCGUGAACAGCACGCGCCUUCCCUGAAGCUGCCAAACAGCAGAUCAGCCACCCAGAGUUCGGGCACCACCGUUGCGAGGCGAAAAGAAGCGGAGCGUGACCGCCACGCGCAGCUCAAAGACAAGACGUCACUGGCGCGUGCCCCUGCCCGGCCCUUUCCUACGUGGAAAGGGCCAUUUUAGUUUUACAGUAUUUUUUUUUUUUUUUCCAAAAAAAAAAAAAAAAUUCAAAUUUUCGAAUACAACAAAACCAGUUCAGAGGCCCAAUUUUUCUCAUUUUUGUCUUCCCCCCAAAUUUUCCCUCCCUCUCUCCAUCUACCCCAAAAUCUUCCCACCGUCGACCACCGUUCGGAGCUCCGUCGUUCUUCCGGUCCCGGCGACCAGUUUCGCAUGAGCCCGCCACCGUCCCGAGCUCCGUCAUUCUUCCGAUUCCGACGAGGUGUUUCGCACGAGCCCACCACCGUUCCAAGCUCCAUCAUUCUUCCAGUUCCGACGAGGUCCCCCACCGUCUACUUCCAUCUCCAUCUCCAUCUCCGGCCACUAGGUACUGCCAGGCGCCAUCACCGUCAUUCUCCAUCUUCGGCCAAAGCCCACCCACCGGCCAUCUUCCAGUUCCGGCCCUCUUCCAUCUCCGGCCGUUUUCCAGUUCCGGCUUCCCCCCAAAUCCGUCUCCUUCAGUCCCCGGAGUCAGAUGGGUUCUUCCUGAUUCAUAUUUGGAUGUUAAGAACAAAGAUUAUGGAGGUGAACCUUUCAUUAAUGGGUGUGCAGUUCCUUAUGAUCAAUUCGAACUUUUUGUUGUGACUUCUUAUGCAGAAGAUUGGAAGUUUAAUCAGCAUUGUCAUUUAUUAUCAUUUGGAAUGUGUAACUGCUGUAUCGUAUUGUUUAUUGUGGCUGGCUGAGUCUUGGUUUCAGCAUUCUUGUAAUUCUGAAAAAGGUGUGAAUAAUUUUUUGAGUGAGGGUUGUCAUUAAUGUUCUAGUUUACGUGCUUGUCUUGAAUCUUGAUGAUAAGUUUUCCAUGGGUUGGACCAUCCAGACGUGUGAGUUGUUGAUGUUGAGAAAGUGGAAAUAGAGUCGGCAAGAAAGGACAUACAACUUUUGUUGGUUACUACAACCUGAAAUUGGGUGACAGGGACUCCUUAACUUCAAGUGGGUAGCCCCUGAUUGCCAAAUGAGCAUUUAGAAGAAUAUCAUGUGAUUAAGAAAAAGAGGAGAAUAAACAUAUUUGUUUUGAGCAUGCUUCGUUUAGAUACCCAAUCAUAACCCACCAAUAAUCAAAAUUAAAAAAAGUCAAUAAAAUAGUAAUAACAGCCACCAGCCCUGCAUCAACAAUGACAUUAAAAAAGAAUGGAAUAUGUAUGUAUUAUGAGAAUUGGAAACACUUCAGCAAAGCUUGAAGACUAAGGAGUUCAGGAGUUCAUCAGUAAAAAAAAAAUAGCCGUUGUUGACAGUAAGAGACUAAGAGCGAUUGUCGAAUCAAUUAGAACAUGUAAUCAAC